CUAUGAUACUCACCCACAUAGCUCUACUAUCUUCAGCGGACAACAUAAAAGGAAGACGAUCAUUAUUUCAAGUUCGUUCGCUCAGGAUGGGUCAGUGUGCGGAUCUCAAUGGACGUCAAACUAUGGCAUAUGUCGAAGUUGUGUCCACAGCGGUUUUGCUGUUCGACUUCUGCAUUACUUUUGACUCGGAGGUUCGCUGGACAUGGGGGAGAAAAUGGGAGAUUAUGAGGAUAGCCUUUGUCAUUUCUCGCUAUCUGCCGAUUGCAAGUGUUGCUAUGUACCGAUAUUACAACGUUCAGUCACUUCAAAGAGGAAUUCCUAAUCCUGGGAUGUUCAUUGUCGUAGAUGGCACCAUGACUACCUUGGGUUCUGCUGCUGCUGACGUGCUGCUUGUGGCAAGGACAUAUGCGUUUUGUGGUGGCGAAAAGAGGAUUUUGAUCGCAAUAUCAUCAUUUGGCAUGGCCACAACGGCAGCUAUGCUAACAGUUAUAAUUAUUGUCGUGAAUCAAUCUGGAAAUCCUCAGUGUGGCGCAUGGGAAGGACAACAAAGCAUCAUUCACGGUUUGCACACAAUCUUUCAGCUUGUGUUGAUGUUCCUGACACUCUACAAACGCUUCAAAUUUCACCGAACGGAGAAUGGUCAGUUGGUUACUGCUAUAUAUCGGGAUGGUGUAUUUUACAUGCUGUGCAUUACUCUGUUUUCAAUGUUGGACUGGCUAACCAUGCUUGUGCAUCCUUUAUCAUUUGUUUGUGGUUUCUAUGGGCCAGGCCCACAGACAGUCAUGCACAGUGUUCUCGCCUCACACAUCCUAUUCAAUCUACUAGCAGCGAACGAAUCAGGGGACGUCAUUGAAAACCUGCCAGUUGCCCCGAGGAUGGUCUUUGCUCAACAGAUCCAAACAGCAUCUUGUGUGGAUCAUCUAGAACUGUGGGAUAAUACGGACCCGUAACUUAUUUUUGACUAUAGUGCUGUUAAAUAUAACUGAAAACUCAACACACGCUCGUUCUUUGUACACCUUUCCAACACUUUUGCCAUUCCAGCGUCUCAAACUUCGGCAUUAAAACUCUGGUGGAUGACAAGGCUAGAUUGACAUCAUUGCUGUUGUGUGAAGAUCGAGCCCACAAAAUUGUGAACUGCUGCCAUGGAGCUAGGAAGUGAAGGAAGCUUCGAGAAUCAAAAGCAGAUCCAAGCAGCAUCAUAUUUUUUCCAUCAACACCAGUGACCACUUCCUCCAGCGUUUACUCCGACUUAUUCCUGGCAUGUCUCCUCUUGCGACUCCCCUACGGUGCCUGAACAGCUUAAGAUAUCCCAGGGGCCAGGGGCCAUGACUAUGCGCUUGCUU